GACUCGGAUGUGCUUCCAAGUUGAUACGGUCAUGAUGGUUCGCUCUCCAGAGGCAGGUCUUAGCAAGGUCCUUCAAUGAAACCUGUGCCAUCCCAUGAAUCUCCGGUCCCUUCUACAGGACUGGAUCCUACAAUCGCGGAUGACAUCUUCGAAACGCUCACUCGGUAUAUUUACGACGAGAUGCCCAUCCGCCUCAUAUCCUUGGACACAAUGAAGCUCGUCGAAAGGGGAGAUCCUGAGACUACCAGACGAAAUGCGAUCAGUUCCCUUGUCAAAGAGGUUGUGAAAUAUGCAAUCUUGUCGCACAGAUGGCUUGACAAAGGCGAACCAACAUACCAGGAGAUGUUGAUGGAAUACCCACCUGUCGGCCCAGGAUACGACAAGCUUGGGCAAUUCUGUCGUUUAGCUCGCGAAUAUGGUACAGAAUUUGCGUGGUCAGACACUUGUUGCAUCGAUAAAACCAGCAGCUCAGAACUUGACGAAUCUAUACGCUCCAUGUUUAAGUGGUACAAGACGGCGCAUAUAUGUAUCGUCUUUCUAGCCCAGACAACGUCUCUGUCUGAUAUGCCUAAUGAUCCGUGGUUCAAGAGGGGGUGGACACUUCAAGAACUCCUUGCACCACAAUACUUGAAGUUCUUUGGAUCUACAUGGGCUCCUUUAACGAACUCUCGUCGUGAUAUCGAACGUCAGGGAGUCUACACACCCGGCACUUCAUCUCCGUUGCUUGCCAAAAUGUCAGAUGGUUCGGGUAUUACAGAGGCAGACCUACUCACAUUCUCACCUGGGGCGAAAUUAGUGCACAUUCGUAUGCCCUGGGCAGCUAGGAGGCUAACGACGAGGGGGGAGGACAGGGCAUACUCUCUGAUGGGUAUCUUCGAUGUCAGCUUUCCAAUCGCUUACGGUGAAGGACUACAACGAGCAUUCUGCAGACUGGUGGAUGCGAUCAUGCAUUCCUCUCCCAGCACAGAGAUCCUCAACUGGGCCGGAGAGUCGGGUGACUCGCAGGUUUCGCGCGCUAUACCAUCAUCACCAGAUUGCUAUAAUUACCCUGCGUCCACCUACGCCAACCUAAGGUUCUUUUCGAGACAACAGCUCGCGAUCACUAGCAUGGGUUUGCGAGUCUCGCUGCUUCUCCUGCAAAGUGAAAUGACCUUCCGCUGUGAUGCAUACGAUAUUGGCGAUAUUACUGUCCAGUCCAAGUUGACUGGAAAGUGGAAUCUUCGUGCGUUGGAUCCCCGGUGGGCGCUUGGAAUAUACAACUAUUACCAGUUACCAAACAAUCUUCAGCUAGAACAAGUGUCUGUGGCUUACCUAUUGACAUCCACCCUGUUUGGGUGGAUGAAAAUCCCUACAAAAGAUAUCAUAUCCUUCCACGUCCCAAACUGUAAUGAAUCGGGCCUCCGAGACGCCAGUGACAAAGAACUCGUGUCUAUGCUUCUGUAGCUCGGCGGGCACAGUUACAAUCUACUGUCAUCACAUUUUCUCCGUGGCUUGACUUUGCUUAUGUGCUUUUGAGACCCUGCAUGUGUUUUCUUCCUUUUCCUUGCAUUUCAUUAUCGCUGCCUCGAAUUCGAAUUCGAAGCUCUUGCCCA